CGCCAUAUUGACAUUCGACAAUUUUUGGGAGGACAGGUGAAUGUGUUAACGUUACUCGAAAGUGUGAAGUGUUUUUGGAAAAAAGAGAGGUUAUAAGCAAUCACUAUGGGGAAUGUGUUUGCAAAUUUAUUCAAAGGCCUUUUUGGCAAAAAAGAGAUGAGGAUAUUGAUGGUAGGAUUAGAUGCUGCUGGUAAAACUACUAUUUUAUAUAAACUUAAACUAGGAGAAAUUGUUACAACUAUACCUACAAUUGGAUUCAAUGUGGAAACUGUAGAAUAUAAGAACAUCAGCUUUACAGUGUGGGAUGUUGGUGGUCAGGAUAAAAUUAGGCCAUUAUGGAGACACUAUUUCCAAAAUACACAGGGUCUAAUAUUCGUAGUUGACAGCAAUGAUAGGGAGCGUAUCACAGAAGCCAAAGACGAACUGAUGCGCAUGUUGGCUGAAGACGAACUACGAGACGCUGUACUUCUCAUCUUCGCCAACAAACAGGAUUUGCCAAAUGCCAUGAAUGCAGCUGAAAUAACAGACAAGCUGGGACUUCAUUCACUACGUAACCGCAACUGGUACAUCCAAGCAACAUGCGCGACGAGCGGGGAUGGUUUAUAUGAAGGUCUGGAUUGGUUGUCUAAUCAACUGAAGAACGCCAACCGUUAAGUGCAAGUGAAUCGCAGUUGAAGAACUGUGUCUGUUCAUGUACUGUCGUGUUGAUGAUACCAUAUGUUGCAAUUAAGGGUUUUUCUGUGUUGUAUUGGCCUUGAGGUCAUAUUCUAGAUUUGUUCUGGUUAUUUUCGAAUUGUUAAGAGUCAUAACCACAAAACCGCCACAAGUUUAUAAUUAAAUGGAAAUCAUGAAUAGUUUAACUGCUGUUACCUGAAAGCUUAAUAGUAAUAUUGAAUUUCUAUGAAGUGAUGACAUACAUUCGAAAAUGAUGAGGGGAAAACUACUCCACGAAAUACCCUUAAGAAUGUAUACCCUAAAAUGGUAUGCUCAGCGUUUAAAUCUCAUUCUAUAUAUAUAUGUCACUUUUAUUUAUUUCUUUCAGGUGAAAAACUGGAUUAUUUUGUAACAUAACUGUUUUUGUAAUAGGUUUAAAUGUACAGUAGACGUUUGUAUUUAAAUAAAUAUUUUUUGGAUAAAAAUUACUGUGAAAGGUAUCGUUGUAACAUAUGGUAAGGCUGUUCGUAUUUAAAAUAAAAAAGAACAUGUUUUUAAAUA